UACCGGAAGUGACGUUUGUAACGCCGAGCCAGGUUCAAGGAAGGUUCGUGUAGGUGAGCAGGGCUGGGACUGUGGUCCUGGGCCAUUAUGAGCUGCACCAUCGAGAAGAUCCUGACAGACGCCAAGACGCUGCUGGAGCGGCUGCGGGAGCACGACGCCGCCGCAGAGUCGCUCGUGGAUCAGUCCGCCGCGCUGCACCGGCGGGUGGCCGCUAUGCGAGAGGCGGGGACGGCGCUUCCGGACCAGUAUCAAGAAGAUGCAUCAGAUAUAAAGGACAUGUCCAAAUUCAAACCUCACAUUCUGCUGUCCCAAGAGAAUACACAGAUUAGAGACUUGCAGCAGGAAAACAGAGAGCUAUGGGUUUCCUUGGAGGAACACCAGGAUGCUUUGGAACUCAUCAUGAGCAAGUACCGGAAACAGAUGUUACAAUUAAUGGUCACUAAAAAGGCAGUGGAUGCUGAACCAGUCCUGAAAGCUCACCAGUCUCACUCUGCAGAAAUUGAGAGUCAGAUUGACAGAAUCUGUGAAAUGGGAGAAGUGAUGAGGAAAGCAGUUCAAGUGGAUGAUGACCAAUUUUGUAAGAUUCAGGAAAAACUAGCCCAAUUAGAGCUUGAAAAUAAGGAACUUCGAGAAUUAUUGUCCAUCAGCAGUGAGUCUCUUCAGGUCAGGAAGGAAAACUCAAUGGACACUGCUUCCCAAGCCAUCAAAUAACUCAACUUGUGAAUGACAGCUGGAAAUUGUUUAUCAAGGAAGUUAUUAUCUUUCUAUUCGAGUACUGUCCGUUUAGUGUCUUGCCUCAGACUUGAUUUAGUGUUGAUUAAAGGUAUCAGGUGGCAGUUUAGAAUUUGCAGUCAAAUUGGCUGUCCACAAAACGGUUUUUAGGUGUGUUCAUGAAAAUACACACUGAGUUUCACCAUUCCUUUCUCUAAGAGACUACUUUUAAUUUUCAGUUCUGGGACCUCAAUUUAUAUAAAGUGUUAUUGGUUCCUUUUUGUUUCUUCACAUCUCUCAAACUUAGAGCCUUUUAUUAUAAGCCAGCAAUUUUAUUUUAUAUAGGAUUAUAAAUUACAAUUCUAAAAAAUUUGUAAGAGAUUAGCUUUCUAAACCUAUUUGGCAUAAACCUAGAUUUUUUUCUCCCAUUUGAGAAAAGUAAUACAAUUCCACAGGACAAGGUUGGCAGAUUCUCUAAUUUGUAAUGUCAUUCCCCUCCUUUGAAGUUUUAAGUCUCUCUGGUGCUAAGAGUUGGCACUUUAUGACCUGGUGUCUUUUACUCUUAAUUUGAGAGAACCUACUGCUAGUCCCCAAGAAACAUACUUGAAAAUAAGUAACAGUAGAGUCAUCAUAUUGUUCAAAAAGUCCUGAGAAAUUUGUCCUGUGUGUGUGCACGUCCACAUGUACUCUUAUUUCGGAUGCUGAAAGUAGCUGUUAUUUAUUCUAUUAGAUAUUAGUAGUCAAUUUUUCAAUAUUGUCCUCCUAGGAAAUCUUCAGCUCGGGUGGCUUACUCAGUUGAAGAACAUAUAAUGGUUUUAGUCACAUCAUAAUUUUUAGGUACUACAUUCUGUUUAAUUUAUACAUAACUUCUAUUUUAUAGUUAAGAACCAUCACUUGGAUGUCUUUCAUUACUAGUACUGAUAGUUGGCUUUCUUUUUAGAUCCAUUUUUCAUGAGGAAGCAAAGUUUUAUUACCUAAUGAGCAUUCCUACAUUCAUUUAGCUGUGUAGACAACAACUCACUGGCCUCUCUGUUUAGUCACAUGUCAAAUUUACAAAUUACUUCAUGUUAUACUAUCAAUAACUGAAAUAAUCCUAAACCUGUCCAUAUUUUCCAGUAGCACUAGCACCAUACUGCACAGGAGAGACACAGUAUUAAAAAGAGUUUUUCAUUAGUGCUUUGUGUGACGUAAAAUUUCUUUUGUAUUGCUGUGAAGAAUUAAUUCCAGUUAAAAUAAAACCUCACUAAGAUAUCCUAAAA